AUGACAUUGGAUUAUUCGAAGAAAGGAAAGUUGAAGAUUCGAAUGGACGAUUAUGUUCAAAGAAUGCUCGACAAUUUUUCUGUUAAGUUUAAAGAAGAUGACAAACAGGAAACACCUGCUGGCAAUAAUUUGCUGGAGGUCGGAAAAGGAAAUUUUUUGGAUAAGGAUCAACAGACUGAGUUUCACAGGUUUGUUGUGAAACAUUUGUUUUUGACCAAACGUGCGCGUCUGGAUAUGCAUCCUACGGUUGCAAUUUUGGCGUCACAAGUUCAAAACCCAAAUCAGAGUGAUUGGCAUAAACUCGUAAGGCUUAUGACAUACAUGCACUCUACCAAGAAAUGGCAUCUCACGCUGAGCGCUGACAACCUUCAGGUAAUGAAGUGGUUUGUCGAUGCAUCUUUUGCGGUUCACCCUGAUUUCAAGAGUCACACAGGAGGAGUAAUGACCAUGGGUGGUGGAGCUAUGCAGGCUAUGUCCAAGAAACAAAAGCUAAACAGCCGCAGCAGUACACAUGCGGAACUAAUCGGAGUAGAUAAUGCGAUCACACAAGAGUUGUGGACACGCAUGUUCAUGGAAGAACAAGGUUAUCCGAUUGAGAAGAAUAUCUUGUAUCAAGACAAUAUGAGCUGUAUUCUCCUCGAAAAGAACGGAAGAUCAAGUGCUGGCAAGAGAAGCCGAUCAUUGAACAUCUGUUAUUCAUUUGUCACUGACCAGGUUGAGAAAGGAAAUCUUACGAUCUAA